AUGGAACCUCAACAACAACAACACCAAAACCAACAACAACCAAAUGAGGAUAAUAAUGGUGGUGCCAAAGGAAACUUCCUUUGCAGGCAAACCAGUACAAGGUGGACUCCCACUACUGAUCAGAUAAGAAUAUUGAAGGAACUGUACUACAUCAAAGGUGUUAGGUCUCCAAAUGGAGCUGAGAUUCAGCAGAUCUCUGCUAGGCUUAGAAAGUACGGCAAGAUUGAAGGCAAGAAUGUCUUUUAUUGGUUUCAGAACCAUAAAGCUCGUGAGAGGCAGAAGAAAAGGUUCACCAAUGAUGUCCCCAUGCAACAAAGAACUGCCUGGAAACCUGAAGAUUAUUACUCUUACAAUUACUCCAACAUUAAUAACAAUCCUGGGUUUUCUCCUGCUUCUUCAUCUUCAAAUACUGGUGCGGUUAGUACUGUUGGGCAGACAGAUAACCAUGGAUAUGGAUCUGUAACCAUGCAGGAGAAGAAUUUUUGGGACUGUUCAGUACCAGCUGGUGGUAGCAAUGGUCCUGGAGGUGGAUCCAUGAGCAGCAUUAACUAUGGAUCAUGGGGCAUUAACCCUUACAAUUCAUCCUAUACUCCAUUUGAUCAAGACCAAGAAGCAGCUGCAAAGAUUGAGACUCUUCCUCUAUUUCCCAUGCACGGUGAGGAUAUCAAUAGCUCUUUCAACAUCAACAACAUUAACCCAGACUUUUAUUACAGUAGCUGGUAUGGCUCUGAUGAUUACGGCAAUGACUCUACUUCUCGUACUUCCUUGGAGCUUAGCCUCUACUCCUACAAUGGCCAGCCACAAGAUUAUUAA